GCCAAAGGAAGUGCCUCCAAAGUUCAGAGUUUACAUCCGGAAAGGUUUUGUUCACCACCGGCUUGCAGCAGAAACGUUAGCUAGGGAUACUGACAUUUAGUGUUUGAACAGGAAGUCAGAAGAAACAGGAUGGAGUUGUGGCCACUCCUGUUUUGUGUCACCCUUUGUGUCGUCCACAUCUCAAGUAAACCAAUGGAAAAGAAGGACCGUGUGCAUCAUGAUGCUCCUCUCAGUGACAAGGAGCACGACGAUGAAGAGAAUUUCGAUUAUGACCAUGAGGCCUUCCUGGGCCAGGAGGAGGCUAAGACCUUUGACCAGCUGACUCCAGAAGAGAGCAAGGAGAGACUAGGUAUAAUUGUUAAUAAGAUAGAUGAAGAUCAUGAUGGCUACGUUACUGCUGAGGAGCUGAAGAAGUGGAUCAAGCAUGCACAGAAGCGCUGGAUCUAUGAAGAUGUAGAUCGGCAGUGGCAAACUCACGACCUCAAUGCAGACACAUAUGUGUCCUGGGAGGAAUACAAGAAUGCUACAUAUGGCUACAUUCUUGAUGAGUCGGAUCCUGAGGAUGGUUUUAACUACAGGCAGAUGAUGGCCAGAGAUGAACGUCGUUUUAAAAUGGCUGACAAAGACGGUGACCUGCAGGCAAAUAAAGAGGAAUUCACAGCCUUCCUUCAUCCGGAAGAGUAUGACUACAUGAAGGACAUUGUAGUGUUGGAGACCAUGGAAGACAUUGAUAAAAAUGGAGAUGGUUUCAUUGAUCUUGAAGAGUAUAUUGGUGAUAUGUACAGUCAGGAUGGGGAUGCCACAGAGCCAGAGUGGGUGAGGACAGAGAGAGAGCAGUUCACUGAGUUCAGGGAUAAAAACAAAGAUGGGCGGAUGGAUAAGGAGGAGACUAAAGACUGGAUUCUGCCCUCAGACUACGAUCACGCAGAAGCAGAGGCCAAACAUCUCCUCUUUGAAUCUGACACAGACAAGGAUGGACAGCUCACUAAACAGGAGAUUGUGGAUAAAUAUGAUUUAUUUGUUGGGAGCCAAGCAACAGAUUUUGGAGAGGCUCUAGUAAGACACGAUGAGUUUUAAUAUCUACUUUUUUGCAUAUGAAAAAAUUAAAAUGGGCUGUAAUUUAAUUCAUAAUUAAUUGUGUACGAUCCCAGUUGUGAAAACUUUCAUACACAAGGGUUUACAGGCAUUUUUAAAACAUUUUUGUAAAAGGAAGUUUUCCAAUAUCCUCUAGUUAGCUUUUAUCUCAAACAUUUAUUCCUAAAUAGUAGAUGCUUUUUGUCUAUUUCAAUGCACUGAAUAUUAAAAGUGUUUAUAUGUUACUGUGCAGAACAGAAGUCUGUGGAGUAUUAGAAUUUCUCCAUCAGCACAUGAUAACUGUAGGAAGAUUUUUUUGGGUUUUUUUGUAACCAUGUAAGCCUUAUGGCAUGUUCUAUAUAUGGCAUGAAUUACCCCCACAGGCAGCCUGCUAAAGGUCAGUUUCCUUUACGCUGCAGUUCAUUUGUAACUACAGUUAAGUUGUGGCUAUGGUGCAUAUUAAAAUACAAUUACUCAAAAUGUAAGUAUUAUUUUUGUAAGCUACAUUUCAACUGUUCUUAACCACUACAUACAGUUUUGAAACACAGGUUUAAGUAUGACAACAUGUAAUGCAGUAUAUUGAAGCAGUGUUGCUUCUGUCAGGAACUCACUAUUUAAUAUUUAGAUGUAUUGUUCAAGAGUUGAUGAAUUUAUCUGUUUCUUUCUAAUUAGUCUUGCUUUCUUAAGUGCCUUUCUAAGGUUUUCAAACCUGCACUUCAAUUCCCAACGAUCAAGAGAUUUUGGAAUCUUUUUUUUGUUUGUUUUUGUUUUUGUUUUUUUUAUAUAAACUUUGUGAUAAAGUAUCACACUACCUGUGUCACUAAACUAGACUUGGAUUUCUCUCCACUUUUGAAUAUACUGUACAUAUGUAUAAGUCAAAAUGUAAAUUGUGUUCAGUACAUUCACAUAGUGUAAAUACAGUACAGGUUUUGCAACUUAGUUUUUCACAAUAAAAUUUUUCAAAAAGAAAUUGAA